GGGCCGGCCUCUCGGAGGGGCUGGUUGGGGGCGUCGGCAUCGGCGUGCUCGGCGAGCUGCUGUUGGGGUUCGCCCGGCAGGGGUCUGCUUGCAAGUCACGCGCUGGCGCGCCAUCUUCGUGGGGGGAGUCCUGCUCGCCGUCGUCCUCGCGCGAGCUGCUCCCUUUUGCCACGUCGCUGGGCUUGGCUCCGUACCGUCAGCCCGCCGAGUACGCCCGCCUCCUCGCCGGGGGUGACAAGACUGGCAGGUGCGCCUUGCCGAGGCCCGCGCUCGGUCUUGACGAGUGGUUGCUCUUAGUGUUGCUUGGGCUGAAUGCGCUCUGGGACGGUUCGCGGGCCCUCGGCCAGCAGCCAUGCGCGAUGCCAGUAAACGGGCCUUCGGUAGCUCAGGUGGCGUGUUUCUGGCACUUGGAGCGCAAGGUCCAUAGCUUCGUGACCACGCCCGGAAUGGGCGUCGCCGCCGAGGCGCCCGUUGAGCUUUUCGCCAAGAGGGAGGUCAGCUACGGCGGGGACGUCGUCCAGAGGGCCGUGGAGUUGACCUGGGAGCAGAUCGAGCCGGCGCUCCCUCCCGCCGACCGCUGCGGAAGGCUGCGGGCCGUCGAUUUUUGCGAGCCGCGCGUCAGGCGCUACCUCGAGGAGCCGAUCGAGACGUUGGUGCCGCUGGACUGCUUUCCGGCGCGGCCGAAGCCUGGGAAGGUCAUGGCCUCUUCAACCGAGAUCGUUCGCAUCGGCCGCGGACUUCUCGAGAGGGGCUUGGUGGCGCCACUGCGGCGCAGCGACCUGCUGCGCAUCCACGGGGAGCCCGUCGUCAACGGUUUGUUUGGCGUGCUCAAGGACGACCUCGUCCCCAGCGGGCCUCUGGCUGGGCAGCCGCAGCUCAGGUUGAUCAUGAACCUGACCGCAUCCAACCAGCUCAUGGGCGAGCUGCCCCUCGACAUCGCGAAGCUGCCAUUUUACGCACAAUGGCGCAACAUCAUAAUCGAUGUGGGAGAAGAGCUUGUGUGGGCCCACGACGACAUGAAAGGGGCAUUUUACCUCUUUUCAUUGCCGCCCCAGUGGGCAGCGCUCUUCUGCUUCGAUGUCGCUUUCGACCCCCUCGAGUUGGGCAUCCGCGAUUGGGGGGAUGAGCCCAUCUGGCUGGGUGCGACCACGGUCCCCAUGGGCUGGUGCAACGCCAUGGGCCUCUUCCAGUACUUGCACCGCCGGCUUUUGCUAUCUGGAGGCGCGCACCCGCGCGGACUACCCUUGCGGCGCGAAAUCCGGAAGGACAGGCCCUUUCCAGUGGCCCGCUCCGGCGACGACGAGUUUGACCAGCUCUGGCAGAUCUACUGCGACGACGCCGACUACGGCAAGCUGAUCAGCAAGCAGGAGCGUUGGCACCAGCACUUAUCCCAGGCUGCCUGCUUUUCAGAGGCCGCCCGCGCACGUUACGACGAAUGGGCGGUGCCGCUCAGUGCCAAGAGCGGCACUAACUGUAGUUCAGUGUCCAGGCUUGGGGCGUUGCUGGAUGGAGCCGACGGGCGCCUUCGGCUCACGCCGAAGAGGGUCGGGUUACUUACCCGCCUGUCGUGCCACUGCAUCGCGUCGCCCGCGGCGCGGCGCAAGCACUUGGAGAUCGUCAUCGGCCACUGGGUGCACGCCGCGUCCUACCGGAAGGAGUGCAUGAGCUGUUUCCAGGAGGUCUGGCACGUACUAUCCCACUGGAGCGGAGGUCCUCGCGCGCUGCCGGAGGGGGCCCGCCGGGAGCUUCUCCUGGCCCUCGCGUUGCUCCCAUGCUUCGAGUACGACCUCCGCAGCCCCAUCUCGCGCGUCAUGACGGCCUCGGACGCCAGCGAGAACGGCGGGGGCGUCACGUACACGUCCAGGCACACCUCCGAGGGUCGUACCGCCGCUCUGUGUGAGCUGGCAGGCGGCUGCGCUCAUGGUCGCGACCUCCUCGUGCUCCUCGAGGUCGGCGGUUGUGGGCGUGGGCGCAUGGCAUUCGACAGCGUCGGGCUCGAGCUCUCGCUGCACGGGCUGCUGUCGGUCGCGCCGGACGCUGCCCGGACGGUGCGGGCCCGCUGGCCCGAGGCCGAGGUUUUGGGCGACCUGCGAGCAUUCGAUGCGAUCGCUGCUCGCCGCUUGCUGGGCCGCGCCGCUCACGCCACCGACCUCGUCUUUAUGUGCCACAUCGGGUCCGCGUUGGAGCUCGAUGCCGACCUGCCCCUUAUCUGCUCCGCGCAGCGUGUCUUGCAGCGCGAGGGGGCCGGGUUGAGGGUCUGGCCGGUGUGCCUCGCCGCGCCCUCGACCUCGCGCGAGCAGUUGGAGUCUGUCACGCGCGCCUUCCGCUCCAUCCCGCUCUUUAUGGACGUGUCGACGGUGUCCGAGAGCACAGGUUGCGAAUAUUGUUGGUUGAGCUGGCCGCUGGAGGGUGGCAGUCACCUUCGGAUGUCACGCCGGCCGGACCGCAUCUUCCUGAGCUGGUCCGAGUCCACCCCAGCCGUCCCCCCGGCGGCGGCAGGCGCUGGCUUGCGGAGCACAGGGGCCAGGCGCGGCGCACGCAGCUGCCCGCUCGGAAAGGAGUGCCCUGCCGGGGCCGCGCAGAGAGGGUGUCUGCAGUGCAUCGCGCUGCGGCUGGGCUUUCCGCACGACUUCUUCCUCCAAGCCCGGAGUCGCAAGUCGGGCUGCACGUCGGAGGCCCUCGACCAGGCUCGCCACGCCGUGGCAGCGCAGUGUGGGCCCGUGGCCCCCCUUGCGUACCUGGUUGGGCUGUGGGGGUGGCAGAGAGGCUUCUUGCCCGACACCCCGACUCCCGACGUGGCCUGUGGCGGACUCUCAGCCGCGGGCUCCGCCUUCGUCGAGCGCCUGGCCGGGAGAGCGAUUGAGGAGAUCGCCUGCGAUUGUUCACAUCAGCUUUCGCUCGAGGCCAUGGUCCGUUCCACUAUCUUCAAAGGAUCGGACGUCAGGAUUGCUACGGCCUCCCUGUGCGACCCCAGCAGCUGGCCGCGCAGAGGCAUCCCUGCGGCCAGGUGGGAUUGGAUGACCUGCCAGGCUUGGCGCUGGCGCGACGCCGAGCAUAUCAACGAGCUCGAGCUGCGCGCCGUGCUCAGCAGCGUCCGGUGGCGCCUGCGGAGCAGCAUGCAGAUAAAUUCGCGCUUCGUUCACAUCUUGGACUCGCAAGUGUGCAUCGGAGUGCUGUGCAAAGGGAGGUCUUCUGCCCGGGGCCUCCAAAAGAUUCUCGCCCGCAUCGUCUCGUUGCUGCUCGCUGGUAGUCUCCACCCGCACUGGGUCUAUGUGAGGUCGGCGGACAACCCCGCCGACGCGGUUGCUGACUAUUUGGAGGCGCUGUGGGACGACGGAUCGUCCCGCAGUUUGGCCGCCGACACCCUCUCGGGGCUUCAGCAUCUGGUGCCGAGCCUUCGGCGCGAGCUCAAGGAGGGCUGGCGCCUGCUCCGCACGUGGGAUCAGAAUGAGAUGCCCAACCGCGCCCCGCCGUUACGACCGGAGGUGGCGAUUGCCUUGGCGGGCUUUGCGCUCGCCGACGGCCGCGAGGAUGUUGCCACUGCAAUCCUGGCGGGCUUCAACGGCUUGUUGCGCCCCUCCGAGAUGCUCAUCUCUGCGGGGGACUGCGUCUUCGACCACAGCCAGCGCACGUGCGUGGUCAACCUUGGGCUUACUAAAGGCGGGAAAAGGCAGGGGUGCCCUGAGGACGUCAUCAUCGAUGACGAGUUCGCCUACUUACUGCUCCGCCGGGCGCUUGCAGGGUGCGCAGCUGGCACUGCCCUCCUACCGAGGGGUCUUGCCAAUUUUCGCGCAUCUUUCGCCAGCUACCUUGGCAAGGCGGGCCUCGACCCCAGCAGAAUAAAGCCCUAUAGCAUCCGCCGUGGCGGCGCCACCCACCAUUUCUCUUCGCUCGGCAACAUGGCGCUGACCUGCGAGCGAG